UGUAGUAAACUGUAGAAUACCAUACUACACACUGUAGUAUCCCUCGAUCAUGUGUAUUACUUACUAUAGAAUGUUGUCGUAUACUGUAGAAGAUACUAUAGUAAAUAGUACAGUAUAAUCUGCUAAAAACUCUGCAAAAACACCACUUUUUUAAACCAUAGUAAAUAUUACAGUAUUUAAUUUGCAUAUACCCUGCCCAUUCCCUCCCCCAUAUCCCAACACUACAUUCAAUACUAUAGUAUAUAAAUAUAGUAAUACUAUAGUAUUUAGACCAGAGUAAUAUAGAUUUUUUUUUUAAUGGGUACAUUCCAAGCAGUAGAACUUUAAAGUUCAACAGCUCUAUCAAUCACUCCAAUGUCUACACAUGAGACCCAUUCCAGAACAGACACAUGAGUCAUCCUCAGGCCUUUCGGCCCCUGCCCAUGGUGGCAGCCAAUAUUCCAUCCGAACCACAUUCACAACCCUUCAUAUCCCACUAAUUCCAGACUCCAUACAGUAUAUCAUAGAAUGUACUGUCAUCGUAAAAAACUAACCCCCACCAUUUUUUUCUGCAAUUAUUCAGAAUGUAUCCUUUGUAACAGUUUUACCAUCCUAUCUUUCACUGAAGCCAUACCUUGGCCACCUGAAGUGGUUUCUGGUGCUCCACGCCCCCCUGGAGACGAAAGCCCCAUGGUGCUCCACCGGACAAGACCCAGUAGAGUUCUUCAGACAGCGGAACCAUGGCAGCUGUGGGGACAUGGGGUUUCUCUCAGCCUUCCGUGGAGAGAAUACGGUCCCUGAUUACCGCUGGAGGACACGCCACAGAUGCUGUAGAGGAGGCCAUGGCAGAUGUUGAAGAUGAUCCAAAGACUGGGCUUCACAUUGUGGGGAGGGGAGGAUUCCCUAACAGUGGGGGAGUGUUGGAGUGUGAUGCUGCCAUCAUGGAGGGCAUCACUGGCAGGUUCGGGGCAGUCGCAGCACUACGGGGGGUUGGGGCUCCGGUGCGGGUGGCUCGUAGGGUGAUGGACAGAAGCCCCCACAGUCUGCUUGUUGGGGAGGGAGCAGUAGCUUUUGCCAGGGAGCAGGGCUUUACUAUAGAGCCCAAUGACAACAUGCUGAGUGCACACUCAGCCAAGGCUUACCAGGAAUUUCUGGAACAGAAGCAACGUGUCAGUGGACAUGACACACUUGGACUUAUAGCGUUAGACAACAUGGGGAACAUAACUGUUGGAGUUUCUACUUCAGGGGCCCCCUUCAAAUCACCAGGGAGGGUGGGAGACUCACCCCUACCUGGAUGUGGCCUAUACGCUGAACACAUGGUGGGCGCUGCGGCAGCCACAGGUGAUGGUGAUAAAAUAAUGUGUCAUUGCCCAAGCUUCCACGCUGUUCAACUGAUGAAACAGGGGUCAUCACCCAACAUGGCCUGUUACACUGUCCUGGAUGACAUCAUCAGGAGGACUGCCCCGGACAAGUGCUUUGAGAUUGGACUCAUCGCCCUGAACGUGAAGGGUGAAGUAGGGGCUGCCUCUUCAGUGGAGUUUCCCUACACAUUCUGGAUCCAGGGGAAGGACUAUGUGGAAACAAGUACUCAGCUUCCAAAUUCCACAGAAAUGGAGGGCACAGAAAAAUGUGACAGAUGUACAGUAAAAUAAAGGGUGUGUCAUUGUUAACAGUGAUGUCUUGAAUUGUAUUGAUAGUAAUUGAUAAUAAAAAAAAUAUGUUUAC